CUUCAGCAGAUGUCCUCAUGUGGUUGGAGAACAUGGAUUCCCUCUAACACAUAAGCCUGUACUAAAGCCUUUGCAGUUCAAGUACUCUGUCAUCUUCUACUUGCCUGAUUGGUACUUAUAUAUGAGCAGGGAAAAGGGAAUUGUACUGGAGGCUUCUAGCCCUCGGGGAAAUCUGAUGUCUGGAGAGCUCAGGCGUUAAGAGCAGGACAGACACCCAGUAGGACUAUAUCAUUAUUUACACUGGAAAAUAUCCAGCAUUGUUGAGAUACACCAUAACUUCAGAAAUGUCCUAAAAAAAGAAUAAAAACCAAACAACUUUCUACUCUUCCUCUUUUGUGGCAAGAGGGAUAAGGAGGUAAAAGAUAACUUAGUGAUUUUAUUUCUGAAGAAAAAAACAGCUUUCUAGUUUGGAUUAAAUUCUGGAUAAAAAGGAUUCAAGUUGCUACAGGUUGUUGGUUAUUGUCUUUUUAGUGUGUACCUCUGUACGUGUUUAAAAUUGCUCUGUCAUGGCUGUGCUAUUGGCAAUAGUUUCCCUAGUUUUCCCUUAGGUGCCACCUGUGAGAGCACCUUGAACUGCAGUGGUCUAAGACCAUCUUGUGCCACUGUUGUGGCAGUGCCCUGCCCUCCCAGUUACCCUGAGGGGGUACCUGGAGUACAUCCAGGGCUGGCAGCAGUUGUACUUGGUUUUCCAGGUUAUGAAGAACUGCAUUGGAUCUGGACUCCCAGAGAGACUCCAAACCCAGGGGAUCUUCAGAUGCUGCCAGAUUGCUUAAAUGGGACUUUGGAAAGGGAGGGGGGAGAGGGGCAAGCUGAAAGACCAUAUGAAACCAAGUCUCCUGAGAAACAGCUGAAACUGUUGGGUGCUACUCAAAUACUGAUCCCAGAACAUGCUCUGCUCUGGAUCCAUCUGCCCUGAGUGAGUGUGUCUGACCACGAGUGGGCACCAGAGGAACUUGGAUGUGGGCAGAGAGCUCCUGCCAAGGGGUGGAUAUUGAGACUUCCCCAGUGGGUGGGUGAGCAGUGUUUGGCAGCAGGAGGCACUGCCUGAAAUUCGUCUGAUGUGUGUGUCUGUAUGUGCUGUUGCUGAAAAAACUACAGCCCCCUGUGGGAGAGGAAAGCCAUUGUACUCCCCUGGAGCCCUGUCCUGUGGUCUUCCCCUGCAUGUAGGGUGGUGGUCCCUCUUCCCUAAUGUAGUUUGCAGCCUUUGUGAAUGCCGUGGUGGCCUCUUCUACUGUGCAGAACUUGCUGAAGUGCGUCAGUGCCUGCCUGAAACUGCACAGCUGGUGGGUUGGUGGUUCCUCUUCUAAAUCGGGGCUUCCUGUUCCCCUUGAGGAGGUGAUGGGAGAGAAGAUGGUCCUGCAAUACAACACGAUACAGCUUUGGCAGAGGUGUCUUCUAAAGCCUUGUGCUACAGAUCAUAGUGGAUUCGUGCCCUAAGCCGUGCUUUCUGUUAAAACUCACUGCAGCUUCCCACAGGAACUGGCAGGAUUUCCAGUGCCAGGAACCAGACAAAAUGCCCAUGGUUAAGAUUUGGCAACAGGGGAGGCAGCUCCUUGUGCCUCGGUGAUCAAGCCGUGAGCUUUCUCACGUUCUUUGCAAAUACUGCCCUGGAGCCUGAAGUGCAAAGUUAGCCUGGACCAGACACUUCCAGUGGAGGAAGAACGGGUGGGUUUGUGCCUCGGCUCCCUCUGCUCCCAGGUUUGAACCGCAGGAACACAACGUUGAGCUUUAAUGUUCGCCCGGCUGAGCGCCCGCCAGGGCGGGGAAGCGACAGCCGCCGGCCCUUCCUGGAGACGAGGCGGCGGGUGCGGCCGAUGCCACCUCGGUGUCCCGUCCCCCCUGCCCGUCCUGGCAGCUUUAAAAGCGGGGCCGCGGGCGCGGGGCCGGCGGCGGCACCAUGAGGCGAGCGCUCGGCAUCCUCGGCACCAUGGGGCGAGCGCUCGGCAUCCUCGGCUGCUGCCUGGCGUUGGCGCUGCCCGCGGCCCCUCGGGGCUCCGCGCUCCGCCCGCGCCGGCAGCCGCGCCCCGGCGGCCCCUCCGCAGACACCACCUGCAAGAACCGGCCCCUGGACCUUGUCUUCAUUGUAGACAGUUCCCGUAGUGUCCGACCUGAAGAGUUUGAGAAAGUGAAAGUCUUUCUGUCAGAAAUGAUUGAUACCCUGGAUGUUGGGGAAAGGACGACGCGUGUGGCGGUCAUGAAUUACGCGAGCACUGUCAAGGUGGAGUUCCCCCUCCGGACCUAUUUCGACAAAGCCUCUCUGAAGGAGGCUGUGUCUCGCAUUGAACCCUUGUCUGCUGGCACCAUGACUGGCCUUGCUAUCCAGACUGCUAUGGAUGAAGUCUUCACUGAGGAAAUGGGCACCCGGCCAGCAACCCUCAACAUCCCCAAGGUGGUCAUUGUUGUGACAGAUGGAAGGCCACAAGACCAGGUCCAAGAGGUGGCAGCGAGUGCCCGGAGAGCUGGCAUUGAGAUCUACGCGGUUGGGGUGGACCGGGCAGACAUGCAGUCCCUGAGGAUAAUGGCCAGUGAGCCACUAGAUGAACAUGUCUUCUAUGUGGAGACCUACGGUGUGAUUGAAAAGCUGACAUCGAAAUUCAGAGAGACUUUCUGUGCUGUGAAUGUGUGUGCCCUCGGGAUCCAUGACUGCGAGCAGUUCUGUGUGAGGAAUGGCAGAUCCUACCUCUGUGAUUGCUAUGAAGGGUACACUCUGAAUCCAGAUAAGAGAACCUGCUCAGCUGUGGACAUGUGUGCGCCAGGGAGGCACGACUGUGAUCAGAUCUGUGUGAGUAACAACGGAUCCUAUGUCUGUGACUGCCAUGAAGGAUACACCUUGAAUCCAGACAAGAAGACUUGCUCAGCCAUGGAUAUGUGUGCACCUGGAAGGCAUGACUGUGCACAAGUCUGUCUGAGUAACGAUGGAUCCUACAGCUGUGGCUGCUAUGAAGGAUACACUCUGAAUCCAGACAAGAAGACUUGCUCAGCUGUUGACGUGUGUGCGCCUGGAAGGCACGACUGCGAGCAGGUCUGUGUGAGAGGUGAUCUGUUCUUCUCCUGUGACUGCUACCAAGGCUACACCCUCAACCCAGACAAGAAGACUUGCUCAAGAGCCAUAACGAGCAGUCUCGUAACAACUGAAGAGUCCUGUAAGUGUGAGGCCAUAGCUGCCCUCCAGGACUCGGUCACCUCACGCCUUGAAGCUCUGUCCACAAAAUUAGAUGAAGUGUCUGAGAAGCUGCGGGCGUAUCAAGACAGACAGCAGGUUGUCUGAGUUAUCCUUCUGCUUGAUUUUAAAAUAUUCUUUCAGAAUCAAACCUUUUUGUAGUGUUUUGCUUUACUUUAUUGCACAGCUUACAAAACAGGAGUUGGUUUGUUAUUAUUGACAAGUGCCAAGAAGACUUCAUGAAGAAAAGUCUUGAAAAUACAGUGACCCUGAGGAUCUUCAUGUACAGUCACUUCAUAGCCAUAACACUACACCUGCUGUGCUUCUGUUCGUACUGCAAGUAGUGCAACAGAUACUGCUUUUCUGCAGUAACUGCAUUUUUUAUUCUCUUACUUCAAAGUAAAUACAGAAAAAAUGAAUGGGUACAGUAUAUCACAUUAUAUAAAACUGUGAAAUGGCAGGACAGAGAGGAAAAAAUGUGCCUAUGUCUUUUGUCUGUUAAAUGGAAAAGUUGGGAUCUUGUAACUUAUUUUAAUAAAAUACAGUAUGAUACGCA